AUGUCUGCAUCAAUACUCAAACGAGCAACUUGCUCAAUCGCUAGUAAGACAUACUCUCACGCGCGGAUAGCUGCUCUUAGGCAAACACCAAACCUCGUUGCUAAGCCAAUCUGUCAACGCUCGAUACACACCACUGAAAACGACAGUGCAAAACCCAUGAACCCAGACCCUAGAGAGAAUCCUGCCCAUGAACUCACUUUACCUCGAGGAACAAACGUCGGGCGCAAGCGUUUCUCAGAUUUCGACCUCGCUGGAAAGGUCUUUAUCGUCACAGGCGGUGCUCAAGGUCUUGGACUGACUUUGGCUGAGAGUCUUGUUGAAGCUGGCGGAAAAGUGUAUUGUUUGGAUCGUGCUGAUCAUCCUGAUGAAGGAUGGCAUGAAGCUCAAGCACGCGUCGUUCCAGAAUGGGGCGGAUCUCUACACUAUUGCAAACAAGACGUGUCAGACGCCGAAGGUCUCGAUAGCCUCAUCACCGCCAUCGCAGAUGAGAACCAAGGCCUUGACGGCGUGAUAGCCGCAGCAGGCGUCCAGCACAUCUCACCUACCGUGGAAUACAAAGCAGAUGAAGUAGCACACAUGCUCUCCAUCAAUUACACCGGCGUUUUCAUGACCGCCAAAUCCGCCGCCAAGCAAAUGAUGAAGUACAAGAAACGCGGAAGCAUCUGCCUCAUCGCCAGUAUUUCAGGCUUGAAAGCGAACCGCGGUCUUAUUUCCCCCGUAUACAAUUCUUCGAAGGCAGCUGUUAUUCAACUUGCGCGCAAUCUUGCUAUGGAAUGGAGUCCUAUUCAGAAAGAUGGCACUGGAGGAAUUCGCGUCAAUUGCAUUAGCCCUGGACAUAUCAUGACGCCUAUGGUGCAGAGUAACUUCGAGGAAGUGCCUGGUAUGCGAGAGGAGUGGGAGCGGGAGAUCAUGAUGGGGAGAUUGGCUGAGACGCAGGAGUUUAAAGGUGCUGCGCUGUUCUUGUUGAGCAAUGCGAGUAGUUAUAUGACGGGGGGCAACCUCGUUAUUGAUGGAGGGCAUUCGUCGUGGUAA